AUGGCCCCAAUAUGUUGCAUUAUACCAGAACAUGUUCUGCAAAAUAUUAUUGAGGUGGGGCAGGCACCACAGCAUGUUCUGGAUGCAUGCCAGUCUACUAUUGACCAAACAAAAGAAUUGCACAAUACUCGUAUUGAGCACAAGCAGAGUCUCCUGGCGGAGCAGGAGCGCCCAACCUUUGAAGGUAUAAUUCCAUCUUACAUCUUUGAAACCAUUGUCCGAAGGGCAGCAAAAGAAGAGCAACUCACAGAAGCGGUGCGCCACUUAAACCGCACUGUUUAUGAUGCGCAGCAUACGUCGAUGCGAGAUCCACCACGCAAUAAAAUUAUGAUUGAAGAAGGGGGCGCUCUUAUUCCCAAGGAGCAAGACCCAAGUUACGAUGCCAAUGAAUGCUAUAUCGGGUUUCAAAAAACCUACGAUUUCUACUUGAAUUUCUUCAACCGGGACUCAAUCGACGGCCGGGGUAUCGGUCUUGACGGCUUUGUGCACUACAGUAAAGGCUACCAAAAUGCCUUCUGGGACGGCAGACAGAUGAUUUUCGGCGACGGUGAUGGGGUCCUCUUCAACGGCUUCACCGAUGAGUUAGACGUCAUCGGUCAUGAGCUGACCCAUGGAGUGGUUGAGUACACGAGCCCGCUGGAUUACUCAUUCCAGAGUGGUGCGCUAAAUGAAUCGCUUGCUGAUGUCUUUGGGAUAAUGAUCAAGCAAUGGGGAAAUGACCCAGCCAACCCACAGACUGCAGAGCAAUCAGACUGGCUCAUUGGAGAGGGUAUCUGGGGGAAAGGUGUCAACGGCAGAGCUUUACGUGAUAUGAAAGCACCGGGAACUGCUUACAACGAUAGAAGAGUUGGAUCAGACCGCCAACCGGGUCACUGGAAGAACUUCCAGAAGCUUCCGUUGUCAGAAGAUAAGGGCGGUGUUCAUAUCAAUUCCGGCAUCCCUAAUCAUGCGUUCUACCUGGCUUCGACAUUGAUUGGUGGUUACUCUUGGCAAACUGCCGGGCCCAUUUGGUACAAGGCUCUAACUUGUGGCAAGCUCAGACAAAACGCCUCGUUUAAAGAAUUUGCUGAGCUUACGAUUCUGAAUGCUGGUGACCAUGAGGAUAAAAUCAGAGAGGCUUGGAAGCAGGUUGGAUAUCCAUUCGGUGAAGGCAGAGAUGAACUGUGA